AUGAAGGGUGGAAAGAGCAGUGUCUGUAUCCGCAUGUGGUGGAAUAUAAAGUCCUAUAGUGAGAAGCAAAGAGAACUCCCAGAACAGAUUGUGGUGCUGACGCUGAAGCUUUGUGUUUGCUACUGCCUUGCCUGCCUGUGGCUUUUACCUGCACCCCGUCUCUUCUCCUUCGUUUCCCUGCCAAAUGAUACGCUCAAGAAGACGGACCUCACCGCGCCUCGCCGCACCAUGACACCGUCACCCUUGUCACUCCUGGUGAAUCUACAAGCCACAUCGGGACCCUGGGACCUUGCACCCUUCCCCACCCACACUUGUUUGCCACAUUUGAACAUUAAAAGACACUAUCUGCAACAAGCUAAGCUAGACGACCUUGAGGCCCGCUCCCGCAGGCAGAACAUCCGUGUUGUCGGGAUUAAGGAGAAGAUGGAAAAUGGCCGGCCUAUGGAGUUUAUAUCUCAGGUGCUUCCUAAACUGCUUGGAGAGGAGCAUUUCAACCUUCCGAUAGAAGUGGACCAGGCCCACCGGAGCUUGGCUCCGGCUAAAGACAGCAAAGCGAGAGCCAUCAUUGCCAGGAUACACUACUACCAGCUGGGCAUCACGCUGCUGUAUGGCACUGCAGCUGCAUUGACACAAGGCGUCGUCUGA